GAUAACCGUUUGUUGACACAAUCAUAUCUCGAGGAAAUAUUAUUAAGAUGUGGCAAUUAUCUGCAUGAAUUGUCUUUCUCAAAUGUUUGCAAUUCAAGUAUUAUGCCAUUUGUUGGUGAUCACUGCAAAAAUUUAACAACCUUGGAAUGUAAAUUUAAUGUUAAAUGUUUAAUUGAUAAUGCUGAUGACUUUGUUCAAGCAUUUACACAGUUGGAUAAAUUAAAAUGCAUCAGAAUGUUACUGAUCCAUAGGAAUAAACAAAAAACAGCAAUUAAUUUAUUUGAAAUAAUUAAUAGUCUUCCAGAAGAAAUUAAUGAAAUCCAUUUAUUUGCUAAACCUCGGUGGAAUCGAGAACAAAAUAUUCCCAUGUCUGUUCAAAGAUUCAGAAAUCUUCGAAAAUUAACAUCAGUUGGCCUCUGUUUAAACCUUCAAGAAAUAGCAGACAUAACAACACUUGUUCAUCUUAACAUUGGAUUAUAUGACACACACCCAAACCUUUCUCUAUUUGAUAAACUCGUUAGUUUGGAAUAUAUCGACUUGAUGACGAGCAUGACUAAGUGUAUAUAUGUAGGUGCAAUCUCUACAAAAAUACUCAAUACUAUUUUUUGUACAUGCAAAAAUCUAAAACAUCUUGAUAUUCCAUAUGGUCCUUAUGAUGUAAGUAAAAUUCCUCGUAAAAAAUGGAUAAACUUUCAAAAUUUACAACACCUUGGAAUUUCUUGUGACAUAAUGCCGGACCUCGCAAAUACAAUUGUUGAAUAUUGCAAGAAUUUGAAACAUUUGAGAAUAACUAGUAACAAUAAAAUGGAUACUGCUUUAAAAAAGUUGACAGAGUUAAAAAAUCUUGAAUGUUUAAUAUUGUAUGGUCUGGAUGAGCUUCCUGACGAAUCAAUAAAUGCGAUUUCUACCAAUUGUAAAAAACUUAAACGUUUAGAAAUUCCUGAUUGUUGCAUACGACGAUCUAUUAAUGCUGAGCUACUUUGUUCUCCAUCUGCUCUUGAUGAGUUAUCAAAAUUACAAUAUCUUGAACAUCUAGACUUGAAUGAUGUAAGAAAUCUUUAUGAUAGCACAAUUAUUGCUAUUGCUAAUAAUUGUAAGAACUUGAAAAGUUUAGAUAUCCAAGAUUGCACGAGUCUUACUGAGACAGCUCUCGUUGCUUUAACAAACUUGGAAAAUUUACACAAACUUAAUGUGAGUAAUCUUGAUAUAACUACAGACAGCUUCCUCAUCAAAUUGAAAGGAUUGAAAGAAUUGCAUUGUGAUGAAUGCAAGGAAAUUACUGAUGCUGGUAUUAUUAAAUUCAUAAAAAAUAAUCCAGAUCUUAAAAAGAUUAGUGUCGGGGGUAUAUAUAAUAUCACAACUGAUAUGGUUAUUGCUGCUGAUCAGGCAACUAAAAACCGUACAAAUGGUAUCAUUUUACACAUAAUGGGGUGUAGCUCGUCAAUAAAAGAAGCUUCUAAGUCAAUAAUUACAUCUCAAUGGUUGGUUGUUAAAAAGAUUUAA